AUGUCCACCCAACCCCCCGAACCGGAAACUCUCCAAUCCUGGGAAGAUGCCUUCCAAUACCCUCUCCCCGUCGUGCGCAAACUGGAGCAGCAGCUCCGCACCCACAUCGAUGAAAACCGCCAGAGACUGCGCUCCCUCGUCGGGAUCAGCUAUCGCGAUCUCCUGGGCACGGCGGAGAAGAUCAUCGAAAUGGACGAACAGAUCAUCACCGCGGAACGCUACAUGGGCGAGAUCGGACGGAAAUGUAGCGCGCGGGUUCUGGAGAGGGUGGAAGCGGGGAAUCGGAAGAUGAGUCGUGGGGUGCGGAAGGAGGAGGGGCAGGAGAGGAGGAUGGGGAUCGUGGCGCAGACGAGGGUGUUGCAGAAUGCCAUUGCGGUCUGCGGGAGGAUUGUGAGGGGUGGAGGGGAUGCGCUGGUCGGGGCCAAGGUGCUGAUCUUGGGCCGGUUGGUGCACAAGAGUUUGGUGGAGGGGGGAGGGAAGACGGAACAAGAAGAAGAAGUGCCUGCUGUGGUGGAGGAGUUGAGGAGGAAAUUGGGACAGAUGAGGAAGAGGUUGUUGGGGUAUAUCUCGAGGUCUCUGGUGAGGGCGGAUGGGGAUAAGAUGGGUAUGGUGCGGACGCUGUGUGCGUAUGCGCUCAUCACGAGCUCUGCGCCCAAGGAUGUCUUGCGGUACUUUUUGCAAGUGCGGUUUGAACAGUUGGAGACGAAGGCGGAGAUGCCUUCGGAGGGGGUUCUGCUCGAGAUGCUCGAUCUGUAUAGUCAGACCCUAUUCGACACAAGAGAAGGCUUCCCGCGCCGAUUCGCGGAAUCGCUGGCUCAGCUAUCGAAAGUGGCACUGGUGCGGGACCAGGGCGUUCGAGCGAUUUCAGAGCUCAGCCUGGAUGUCUAUGAACAGUGGAUUGCGCAGGACGUUCGCAACUUCUAUCCCUGGGUGCGACAUGAUCAGAAUCUAUCUACCACGGAAGUUGGCGACGCCCUGGCUUCUUGGGCCAAGCAAGCACAAGCAUGCCUGCUCCAAGGCUUGUCCGAGACCCUCAGGCAACAAAACGACCCACAUGCGGUGCUCGCGACUCGCAAGAAGAUGCUCUCGAAAUACCUUUCCCUCAGCACAAAGCUUCGAAGCGAUUCACACGUCCAGGCCGUCAAUGAUAUCCGGGCCGCCUUCCUCAACAGGCUCGAAGAGCUCGCCGUCCAAGCCGCGCAACUGGCGGACAUUGGACUUGAUGCCCAGGAGUCCACUGCAGGGUCAACAGCACCAGAGAUGUGGGACUUGUCUACAGGCGACAUGGACCUCAGCAAUGGAGCGAUCGUCUUGCGGAAGGAAGUGAUUCGGCGUCGAAAUGGCCGAGACAGCGCCACGCAGGGAGUGGCGGAUGUCCUUGAUCAAUGGAUUGGCAGGCAGGCUCAUCUCGGCGAAGCAAUAGCUUCAAUGCGAGCGACGAAAUGGGACGACGAUCUGGAUUUGGACUUGGAAGAAAUGCCCGACGGAGAGUCUCUGCAAGUGAUUCUGAGCAAGCAGGACCCUCGACAACUCGAGUCGGUACUUCGCCGGGAGACGACCGCCGCAAUGCAGGGCGCCUACCGAAAAGUCGAGCAGUCGUCCGAGUCCAUUGCAGAUCCAGCGCUGCUACUUCGCAUUCUUCGUGAGGUCGAUCAGCGGCGUCGGAAUCUGGAAGAUAGGCUGCAGGAGGGGGAGUCAGUCGCAGCGGAUGGAAAUUUCGUUGCUGCCACUCAGCGUCGGCAAGCAAUGUCCAUCGCUGAAGAUCUCGUCAGCCAAUACUCCACUGCCCUCCGCCGGGGCUCACGGACACCAACGGCGCUCUGGGAUGGCUCACCUCCGCUGCCCAUCCAGCCAACGGCAAAUACCUUCCGCUUCCUCCAAGCACUGCAUCGGAAGAUGUCCGGGGCCGGCAACGAUCUCUGGAGCCCAGCGGCCGUCCACUGCUUGAAGCUUGCGCUGAGCGAAAAGUUGAAGGACCAAGUGAGCCUGGAAAGGAUUGACUCUGCGAAGGCUAUGACCUUGACUAAUGGGCACGCGGAAGCUCCUCGAAAUGACGCCGAUGCAGCGGAUUCGGAAAACGCGUUGGAUGGGGAACACGCGAGCCCGGUGGGAUCGACGACGAACGACUUCCUCGUGCAGCACAUGUUCGACUUCCUCUACCUGCAGUGCGUGGUGGCCACGGGUCAUAAGGGGGACGGAGAGCUCAGUAGCUCGAUUGAGGCCAUCAGGGGCCGAGUGGCCUUGGACGCCACUGGGUAUGAGCGGAUGAGGAAGGGCGCCAACGAUUACUGGAAGAAGACGUAUCUCCUGUUCGGCCUGCUUGCCGUUGUUGGGCAUCCAUUGUGA